AUGCAGCAGGGCAAGAUUACGACAGCUCAUUGUGAUCGACCUCAACGGACUUGGGCACUCCAACAGAUGGAUUUCGACAUCAUCGGACACGAAAAGCUCAUAUUCGGUACGCAGGGUUAA